UUAUUUUUGUCGCAAAGAACACAGAUUUUCAGGAUUCCGCUAACUACUUUCAGUUCUCGUGUUAAGUUAGUUUAUCGUUUAUUCCUCGCGUGAAACGAGAGUCCUUGAAAUUGUUUACAUCAGCGAAGUAUUCCAACAUAGAUCGACACAUUGAACAGAAUCAUACUGACUUUACAAGGAUCUAGGUAGCUCUAAUACUUUACGGUAUUUUGAGUUUGGGAAAUGGGAAACAGUAGCUCUGCUAAAAAUCGACAUGGUUCUGGUGAAGACACAGCACCAACACUUACUGCUACUGCAAGAUAUGCAGAAGCUGAUGUUGAGCCUACAUAUCGGCGUCAAAGAGCCGCUACCCUCACCCCUGGUCAAGAAAUAAGCCAUUCGACUAGCAGCAAACUUUUACCCACUGUCUUUAAGUGGGAGGGCGGAGGAAAGGAUGUCUAUCUGGCUGGCAGCUUCAACAACUGGAAAACCAAAAUCCCAUUGGCAAAAAGCCAUGGAGAUUUUUACACAAUUCUUGACUUACCAGAAGGAGAGCAUCAGUAUAAAUUUUUUGUUGAUGGACAAUGGGUGAACUCACCGAAUGAAAAGCUCUCAAACGCUCGGGCCCCUGUCACCAACAGUGACAUUGGAACCCAAAACAACACAAUGAGAGUCAAAAGAUCUGAUUUUGAUGCUUUUGAGGCUUUAGCCAUAGAUGGAAGGGCAGCCAGCAAAAAAGCAGACAAGAAUGGAAAUGAUUAUGGUCAAGACAUUCCUCCCCGCAGUACAGCAGAAGGAAAACAUAGUGGGCCUCCAUUUUUGCCGCCCCAGUUGUUACAAGUUAUUCUCAACAAAGAUACCCCAGCUCAUGUUGAGCCCUCCUUGCUUCCUGAACCUAACCAUGUUAUGCUAAAUCACCUUUAUGCAUUAUCCAUCAAGGAUGGAGUGAUGGUCUUAAGUGCCACCCACAGGUUUCGUAAAAAGUAUGUGACUACCUUACUGUACAAGCCCAUCCAAUAGAAUAACCAAUUGUCUGGACAUUUGAGUGCUUGGUGGCAUGCCUGCGUUUCACUUGGACUGAUGUUUUGGAAGAAGUGUUUACGGAAGAUUAUUGUAUGUUUAACAGUUUAUACACUUAAAAAAGGAAACGUUUUUGUUCUUAAUGUUGACGGCUAGUAUUUAUUGUAAUAUAAAAUCAACAUUGACGAUGUAUUUAUGUAACGAGUUCACUCAGACGUAGUAGAGUUUGUAUCAGCAUCUAUAGACGGAGGAGACAAUUCCAACUGGACCAGAUACCCUUGUUGAACCAUUUGUAUAUUACCAUGUUAUUAUUGAGAUACUUUAUAGUAUGUAUAUCCAGUUGACUAUUACCUAGAUGAUAGACUAGCGUGAAGUGUACUGCCGAUUUCUACGAGGGAUUAGAGUAGAGGAUGCCACAUUGGUGAUGUUUUGAUUUUCACGGUUAACACUCUACUUAAAUCAACAUUCUAGAGUAAACACCCCCCCCCUCAUUUGUGGUAAAAAUAUUGAUAUUCUUAGUUUACUUGAUAACAUAGCGCUCAUUAUUUCAUCCGAAACACACAGUCGCAUAAUGAGAGUACUGCUCCACUUGGCCGUUAGAUGCUUUCAGUUCCUCAACUGCCGUUGUAUUCACAUUGCAAGUCAUAGAAUUUUUAUUUCUCUCCCCCCUUUUAACGUGGCUCAAGUUUCAAGCUCUUCCAUUUAGGUUUAAAAUACAAGUUGGGUGUUAAGGGUGUGUUACUUCACACGAUUAAGUCCCUUCUAUGUGCUCACCUAAAAGAUGGUGAAACGGCACUUGGACUCGCCUGAAGGGGAUGAACUCUGCCACUCCUUUUAUGCUUACUGUAUGUGUGCCUGUGUGUGCGAGAGAGAGAGAGAGAUUCGUGUACAUAGAUAACAUUGCCAAAUAUUACGCAGGAGAAAUUAUUGCUGUGAUGGUCUGAGAAGACAUAUUGGACACUACUGGAUAGGAUCAUUUGUUGUGUACAUAGAUUUUUGUUAACACCUGUACAAGGGCAUUUAUGUGCGUUAGUGACACUGUGUCAUCUCUGUAGCCUACGCGGAUGUGUAGAGCGUAAGGUUAGGCAACUCUGUUUCAUUCUUGAAGAGCUGUCUCUUCAUAAAGUAACUGGAAAAUACUUGAUGGUGUAACAAAAGAGCAAAGACAUUAAAACAUUGUAAGCUUCUGUUUUUUUUUUUUUUUUUUUUCUAUUUGCUUCUCGUCUUUCUUGAACAUUUACAAGUGGUGCACUCUGUUACCGUGCGCUGCGUCAUGCUCAGACUUAGUUCAUGUGAAAGUCAUCUCCCUUGGGAGCGAAAGCGGCCAUUUAUAUCCUGUUUUAUUUCCCUUUUUUUUUUUCUUUCCACUGUUCUGUGAUUGUGUUAGUUGAUUCUAUGCAUUAUAACAAUCAUCUUUGAUAUACAUAUUAUUGUUUAAUGAAUUUCUUGUUCCAUAUGAAGCGUUAGUUGGACAUGUACCACUGUUGCUAAUAAUAUUCAUGUCUAAUGGUAUUUGUUCAUGAAUUGAUGACUGUGGCAUAACCAUUGUACGCGAUUUUUUUGUUUUGUUCCCUUGUCCUACCAGAGAACUGCAAAAGUUCAUAUUGAAAUAAAUCAAAGAAAUGAA